AUGGAUUCCUCCUCGCGGUCGAUCCAACAUGCCCUCCUACGCUUAUUUACUAUCUCAUUUACAAUAGUCCUUUGUUUUGCCUCGCUCAUCAAUGCCCAACAACAACCGCUAGAGUCACCUCACGACAGCCCUAAACGGGUUGCAAUAAUCGGAGCCGGAGCUGCAGGCUCGUCCACUGCGUACUCAUUGCGCAAGAUUGCAGACUCUCUUCAGGUUCCAGUUGACAUCACCGUCUAUGAACGAAAUUCAUAUAUCGGCGGCCGUUCGACAACCGUCAACGCGCUGAAUGAUUCGAGAUACCCGGUAGAGUUGGGAGCCUCCAUCUUCGUAUCGGUCAACUACAAUCUAGUGAACGCCUCCAAGGAAUUGGGGCUUACUGUCCGAAGCGCCGACCACGCUCGCCCCAGAGAGUCUGACGAUACGCUUGGCGUCUGGGACGGCGAGCAAUUCGUGCUGGUGCUACAGGAUACCUAUAGCUGGUGGAACAUUGCUAAACUGAUAUGGCGCUAUGGAUUGUCACCCAUUCGUACUCAGAAUUUAAUGAAAAGCACAGUCAACAAGUUUCUCCGACUUUAUGACUCGCCUUACUUCCCAUUCAGAUCGCUUACUUCGGCUGCGGCCGCGGUUGACUUGCUGAAUACCACGUCAGUCCCGGGAGAUGUUUUUCUUCACAACGGCGGUAUAUCCGCGGAGUUUUCGCGGGACGUGAUCCAAGCGAGCACGCGGGUCAACUACGGGCAGAAUCUACCUCUGAUACACGGUCUCGAGACCAUGGUUUGCAUGGCUACCGACGGAGCGGUUUCUAUCGAUGGCGGCAAUUGGCAGAUUUUCGAUGGCAUGCUGGGGUCCUCAGAGGCCGAUGUCAGAGUCAAUCACAGUGUGACAUCCAUUCAACGAAAUUCCGACGGCACAUUGACCAUCGGGUUCAAGGCUACCGAAGUCGAAGAAAGCUCCGUGUUCGACGAGGUAGUUAUCGCGGGCCCAUUACAAGAUUCAGGCAUCACUAUUGAACCACCCCUCGAGCACGGCCCAGACGAAAUCCCCUACGUCAAGCUCCAUGUGACCCUCUUCUCCUCACCACAUCGCCUUUCUCCACAGUUCUUCAACCUCCCCUCCAACAGUCGCGCUCCUGAGACCGUUCUCACGACUCUUCCCCGAGGUGUGAAUUUGAGCUCCAGCAAGGCCGGCGUCGGUCCAGCCGGUUUCUGGAGCAUCAGCACCCUUCGCACUGUGCAAGCUCCGCGCAGCGACGGUACCCACCAGAAACAGUACGUGUACAAGGUAUUCUCGCCCGAGCGUCUCACGGCGUCGUUCGUAGGAGAUAUCUUGGGUCUCGAGCACAAAGCAUACUCCGCCAAUUCGACAAUCGGUGACCUUCCAAAGGAGGAUGUAAGCUGGCACCAUGAGAAAAUCUGGAACCCGUACCCGUUCCUCUACCCGCGGGUUACCUUCGAGGACACCAUGCUUGCGCCGAGUCUCUGGUACACGGGUGGCAUUGAGAGCUUCAUCUCGACUAUGGAAACCAGUGCUCUGAUGGGUAAGAAUAUUGCCUCGCUGAUCUCGCAGUCAUGGGGUGAUAAGGGCGGCGAUAGUCAGGAAACAUCGCGCCAGGAAAGGACUGAGCUCUGA